CGUUGGCGUCCUUUUCAAUCCGGCCUGACCCUAAAUCCAGACCAAAUUUGGGCCAUGAAUGUGCUUGGACGGACAAAAACGGACGAUCUCCUCGCUUCCUCUCGUCUGCUCAUGUCCGCCACUGGCCCACAGGUCAGCGACCCACACCGAGCCACUCGCGACCUUGUUGCUCUUGUUGCUCCCCCGCCGGCUGCCCGCCGCCCGCCGCCGCCGCAUCCGCCACUACGCGCCCCGUGCCCGCCGCUAUGUCCGCCGUCGCCCGCCGCCAGGUCCGCAGUCGCCCGCCCUGCGCCCACCUCCGCGCGCAACAGAAGCUGGAUGCUAGUUAGCUAGCUAGCUAAUAGUAGUGCGUGUGCAUCAGCAGCUGGGUGGUAGCUAGCUAGCUAAACUAGCGCGUGCGCAGCUGCGUGCUAGCACCAGCUCCAUGGCGUGGCUGCGCAGGCGUGACGCCGCAGCGGCGAGGCGUGGCGGGGCGGCCACGACGGAGGAGCUGAGGACGGGGCGGGACGGCGGCGAGGCAGAGGAGCUCGGGGUGGGGACGCGCAUUUCACGCGGCCCUGCACAUCGCCACGCUCCCCUGGACGCGCCCCGCGCUGGAGGGCGACGGGACGGCAGCCCAUGAACGGGCCGCAGCUGGAGAUGCAACCAGGACCGGCGAGGGCGCGACUCGGGGUGCCGGCGAGGUGGGUCGGGGCGACGGCGGCAAGCUGCUACGCUGGCGCGGCAGCGGCGAGGCGGGGCAGAGCGGCCGCGACGAAGGAGCUGAUGAGGGCGGGGCGGAACGGCGGCGAGGCGGAGAAGCUCGGCACGGGGCAGAGGAGAUCGGGACGGGGCGUAUCCGUUUGAGGUCAGGACGGCUCGUACGCGUUGGGCGCGGAUGCUCCAAGCGCUUGUCUGGAGGUGGACGUCCGCCAAAUCGCACUCUAACGGACGUUCAAAAGACAGAGCGGACGACGUUCAUUUGGAUCGUGCGAUGGAGUUGACCUAAUACUCUUAUUGUGACUGAUGCUCGAGCAACACCACACCUGCUUUUUUUCAGAUCGAGCUCCACACCUGCUAGCAAACCAACUGCGCAUUGCAUGCGAAUUACCAGCAGCGAACAGCCACCUACCUGCAAGCUACGCACAACAAAACGCUGCGAGAUCAGGCUUGAAAACGUGACGGCGUCCCUUCCCACAGCAACGUCAAAAGCGGUCGCACCGAGCAGGAGAAGCCAAGCCAAGCCGCCUCGCACCAGUUCUCAGUCCAACUCCAACGCGCCGCACCCGAGCGAGAGCACAAACCCCCUCUCCCAUGGCGGCGCCGGUACCGCCGGGGCCGGAGGUGUUCGACGUCGUCAUCUUCGGGGCCUCGGGCUUCACCGGCAAGUACGUCAUCCGCGAGGCGCUCAAGUUCCUGCCCCCCAACGCCUCCCCACUCCGCACCCUCGCGCUCGCCGGCCGCAGCCGGGACCGCGUCGCCGCCGCGCUUCGCUGGGCGGCCGCGCCGGGGCCCGCCCCCGACGUCCCCAUCCUCGUCGCCGACGCCUCCGACCCGGCCUCCCUCGCCGCGGUCGCCGCGCGGGCGCGCGUCCUGCUCUCCUGCGCGGGGCCCUUCCGCCUCCACGGCCGCCAGGUGGCCGCGGCCUGCGCCGAGGCGGGGGCCGACUGCCUCGACAUCUCCGGCGAGCCCGAGUUCAUGGAGCGCGUCGAGGCCGACCUCCACGAGGUCGCCGCCAGGAACGGGUCGCUGAUUGUCUCCGCCUGCGGGUUUGACUCCAUCCCCGCGGAGCUCGGGUUCUUGUUCAACUCCAGGCAGUGGAAGCCGCCCUCCGCGCCGCUGAGCGUGGUCGCCUACGUCAACCUGGAGUCGGACAGGAAGAUCGUCGGGAACUUCGGCACGUUUCAGUCGGCCGUUCUCGGCGUGGCCAACGCCAGCGAGCUGCAGGCACUGCGCCGGUCCAGGCCAAGGCCGGCAAAGCCCAAGAUUCCGGGGCCUCCGCCCCCCAAAGGAUCACUGAUUGAGCAUGACAAGGCACUAGGAUUGUGGGUGAUGAAGUUACCUUCUGCUGACACAGUAGUUGUGAAGAGAACCCUAGCAAAAGUGACAGAGCAUCCCGAGGGCCUUCCUGGUGCGGACGAAACCCCAGAAUUUGCAGAGCAUAGGAAGGAAUUCUGGUCCUCUAUCAAACCUGCACAUUUCGGUGUGAAGAUCAGCAGCCGUUCGAUCCUGGGCCUUUUCUUGUGGCUGUGCACUGGACUUUUCAUCGGCAUCCUAGGGGGUUUCUCCUUUGGCAGGUCCCUCUUGCUGAAAUUCCCUGAGCUCUUCUCCAUCGGGCUGUUCAGGAAGACCGGGCCGACAGAAGAGGAGGUCCGCAGCGCCUCGUUCAAGAUGUGGUUCAUCGGCCGUGGCUACAGCGACUCGGCCCGCGCAUCAGAGCGUGGGAGCAAGCCAGACAAGGAGAUCGUGACCAGAGUUUCAGGGCCAGAGAUCGGGUACAUCACCACCCCGAUCGUCCUCGUCCAGUGCGCCCUCGUCCUGCUGAGCCAGCGGGCCAAUCUGCCGAAGGGCGGGGUGUACACGCCGGGCGCCGUCUUCGGCCCCACGGAUCUCCAGAAGCGCCUCGAGGAGAACGGCAUGUCGUUCGAGCUCAUCUCCACGAGGACCCUCCCUUGAGACUAUAACAGGCUCGUGCUUCCUACACCUGAUCUCGUCGUUAAACCAGGUAUCUAUCAUCUGUCGCCUGAGUGUCUAGCAGGCUCAAUGGCCUUAUACUAUUUGUGAAGAAACGUAGCGUCCUAUAUGCUGUGUUUAUGUGAAGUGAACUGUAGGUCCGUAUUACUAUUACUACCACGCACGGAAGGAAAAAAGAAUAGGAUGUGCUCGUGUAAUGUGAAUCGUAUGGGUGAUUGGGUGAAAUAUAUACGUAUAAUAAGCGUGUAAGUGUAAGUGUAAGUCCUACGGCUGUAGAAGAGAAGAAAUGUUGUGUCGUGAGUUCAAAA